AUGCCCGGGGCCAGGGACGCGCUCUGUCACCAGGCGCUGCAGCUGCUGGCCGAGCUCUGCGCCCGCGGGGCCCUGGAGCACGACAGCUGCCAGGAUUUCAUCUACCACCUGCGGGACCGCUCCCGACCCCGGCUCCGCGACCCAGAUAUCUCAGUGAGCCUGUUGACCCUUGUGGUUACUGCCUGUGGCCUCGCCCUCUUUGGUGUGUCUCUCUUCGUCUCUUGGAAACUCUGCUGGGUUCCAUGGCGAGAACAUGGCCUGUUUUCUGGUAGCAAAGACAACAAUCAGGAACCUCUUAACUACACGGACACAGAAACCAAUGAGCAGGAAAACAGUGAGGGCUUCCUAGACCCUCCCACCCCCUGCCCUGACUCUUCCAUGAAGAUCAGUCAUACCUCCCCUGACAUUCCCCUCUCAACUCAUGCUGGGCGCCAGGAGAAUUGUGCCCAUGGCAUCCGUGUACAGCGCCAAGUUACAGAGCCAACCUCAUCAUCUAGGCAUAAUUCAAUCCGAAGACAACUCAACUUGUCAAACCCUGACUUUAAUAUCCAGCAGCUUCAAAAACAGGAGCAGUUGACUGGAAUUGGGCGAAUUAAACCUGAAUUAUAUAAGCAGAGGUCAUUGGAUAAUGAUGAUGGGAGAAGGAGUAACAGCAAAGCUUGUGGGAAACUGAACUUCAUUUUAAAAUAUGACUGUGACUUAGAGCAGCUCAUAGUGAAGAUUCACAAAGCUGUCAAUUUACCAGCCAAGGACUUUUCUGGAACUUCAGAUCCUUACGUCAAGAUCUAUUUACUUCCUGAUAGGAAAACAAAGCACCAAACUAAAGUUCACAGAAAGACCCUGAACCCUGUGUUUGAUGAAGUGUUUUUGUUUCCAGUUCCUUACAAUGACCUUGAAGCACGGAAGCUUCACUUCUCUGUAUAUGACUUCGAUAGGUUUUCUCGACAUGACUUAAUCGGCCAAGUGGUGGUGGAUCACUUCUUAGAUUUGGCUGAUUUUCCUCGGGAAUGCGUCCUCUGGAAGGAUAUCGAGUAUGUCACCAAUGACAAUGUGGAUCUGGGAGAGCUGAUGUUUUCCCUCUGCUAUCUUCCCACUGCUGGCAGGCUGACCAUUACCAUUAUAAAAGCAAGGAAUUUAAAGGCAAUGGAUAUAACAGGAGCCUCAGAUCCCUACGUGAAAGUCUCACUGAUGUGUGAUGGCAGACGGCUAAAGAAGAGGAAAACAUCCACCAAGAGGAAUACACUGAAUCCUGUUUACAAUGAAGCCAUAGUCUUUGAUGUCCCUCCCGAGAACAUCGACCAAAUCCACUUGUCCAUAGCGGUCAUGGACUACGACCGUGUAGGUCACAAUGAGAUCAUCGGCGUGUGUCAAGUAGGCAACGAAGCUGAACGACUGGGCAGAGACCACUGGAAUGAAAUGUUGUCAUAUCCUCGGAAGCCCAUAGCACACUGGCAUUCCCUCAUGGAGAAACGAUGACUGUGAUAAGAAGACUGCUUGUGCCAAGGACACAGAGGGACAACCAUCUUACCAAGAUCUUGAGUAACUUUUCCCAACCAACAACACCAAAACAACUCCAGUGACCAAAUGUUUAGCUGUAACCGCAGCAAUAACUGGCCCUCUUUCCAGAUUGGAUUUGGUGAACAUGAACUGCACAGCCUCUACAGGCAACCUAAUGUGGUGGGUGUACUGUAGGAGAAGCAUGUCUCUUAUGGUCAAAAUAAUCAAGACUGAACUAUUCAAGAAAUCACUGGACACAGUGAGGGUACUGAGUACCUAGAGAAUCAGGUCUCCUAGAGGUUAACAUAAAGCCUACAGCGAUGGGUUCACACUACCUGCCCUGGCAGCAUCAUUUUGUUAUGAUGUUAUUUGUUUGAGUGCCCUGGAAGGACAGAAUAUUCCAAAAUAUAUCCAGGUGCUAAAUAGGCAGCAGAGCUACUUGAUAUUAGACUAUCUUUGAAGUAACAACUGUCUCUAGAACAUAACUUUAUUCCAAGAAGUGCUCUAGCUUUGUAAGGAAUAGCCCCAGGAGAGUAACCAGGAAACACAAGCUGUUCUACUAGAGAAAAUUCAGUGCAAGGAGGGCUAGUUCACAGCAAGCUCACUGCCCCUUCCCAUGCAUGUAGCAGAGGGUACCAGUUGAUCAAGGCCCAUCCUUCUGUUAAACCCAGGUUCUGAGGAGCCAGGAUCCCCAACAUUGUUGUCCAGAUAGGCAACAACUAGCCUUUCAAAUGUUGUUGGAAAUUAAAAUGAAAGUUAAUUGUCACCCCUGUGAAGAGACAUCAAUCUCAAUGGCAUAAGCAUUCUAGAAAUUUCCAUUCCCAGACAUAUCUGCUCACUAGGGGAACAGCCUCAGAUGUAAAUUUAAAAGCUUAAGGGCAGAAAUUCAAGAAAAGAGUUUAUGGAGAGAUAACAGCCCUUCCUAAGGGAAGGCACAAAUUUGGGGCCUUCUUGGCUGAGUGCCUUCUUGGGUAUUUCCAUAUGCAACAGCCCAGAGGGAUAACCUUGGGCAAUCACAAACAAGUUUUCUUUUCACUUUCAGACCUAUGUAUCACUUUUAAUUCACUUGGGGAAUGGAAAUACCUACAAGAGUGAAGGUCAAGGGCUCUCCCCGGGUAUUUCAUUUAUUGUACAACUUCCUUUGUGACCACAUCAGCUUACCCACUGCCAGUAUAUGCCUAUAUGUCUCAUCAUUGCUUCUGCCUCCAUACAAAUGAAACCAAAGUCUGAAUAAUACCCUGGGGGUGAAGGUGGCGAGAGCUGUUACCUAAUGGUUCUCUCUCUUAAAUUAUGGAUACAAGGUAUCCCAACCCCACAUUUACACCAUUUCCUCAAGACAGCAUUUCCCUUUUCAUAUAAUCCUUUUGCAAACAGAAUUCAGAAUUGUACUUUAUCUUUCCUGAGAAGCUCACUAGCUUCACUUAAAUUAAUAUUUCAAUGUAGGACUACUUAGGCAGAAGCAGAAUCAGUUUGUCUUUAGAAAGUUCUUGUCACAGCUGCCUGACAUAAAAACAAAACCAACCAACCAACCAACAACAACAACAACAAAAAUCUCCCCUAAUGUCAGUUCCAAAAAUGGAUAGAGAACUUUGAUUACAGGAGACAGUGUUACCACACUCCAAAUUCAUGUGUUCCCCAGCCUGCAGAAUACAUUUCCAUCUCUGAUAGACAUUCAACCACUAGGACCCAACAAGGAACCCAAAGUUCUGCCUAUGUCUCAAUAAAUGAGAAGAAUUCAACCAUUUUAGUCCAACUUUCCCCUCUAUUUGUUCCUAUUCAAAUAUCUACCAUCAUAGGAGUGUUUAGAACCAAAGCAUGAAGAACUAGUGCCAGCAAGAUAGUUAGCAGAAAUAUAUAUCUAAAGCUAGACUAAUGAGCCUAGCAGAAUGACUCCGGACAGACCAGAUUGGCCACAGUAGAUAACAAGAAGCUAUCCCAAGCCAUCCCAUUAAGUUUGAUGUAUACUUGAUUACAGGAGCCUGGGUGAGAGGUCCUGGAGCAGCCAUGCCUAUUGUUCUCCCCUCACAUCUUCUUGCCUAGAUAGCUAGAAGCCCUGAGAUACAAAUGAAUGUGUGACUGGGUUGUUGGAAUGAAGCAGAAGGUAACUUUGUAGGGUACAGCAAGCAAAGUGACCUGUCUACAAAGUGGGUGACAUUGUCUCUGGAAAACUUUGUCUAGCUUGUUCAGCUGUAACCAGAGGCUGAUGAUAAAUUUGAAUUCCCUGAAUCCCAUCUGUAACUUCCUCUGUUUUCUUGCAUUCUGUUUGGUUUCCCUUUAGUUUCCUAGUAAAUGUUCCUUUUGAAAAA